AUGGCAAGACCACGUGGACGAUUCGUUUCUCUCACUCCGGCUUUACUGCCGUCGAAUAAGACCGUCCUCACUGGGCGAACAAUUACCCUCGAGAAGCUUCAGCCAAAGCACGCCAAAGACCUCUUUAAUCUUGUUGGAGGUGAGGAGCCUGCCAGAGCGUCCCUUUGGGACUAUAUGGGCGAUGGCCCAUACACACACCUAGAGGAAUUCGAGAAAAACAUCGCAGCACGUUCGGCCUCUCUCGAUCCAUUCUUUUUCGCAAUCAUCGAUAAACGCAGUUCAGUGCCUACCUCCGGUAAGGCCAUCGGAUAUCUGACUUUGAUGCGGAUUACACCGGAACAGUGGACUGUCGAGAUUGGAAAUGUGAUGCUUUCGGCUGCACUUCAACGCACAACUGGUGCCACCGAGGCGUUUUAUCUUAUAGCACGACAUGCCUUUGAGGACUUGAACUAUCGGCGAUUCGAGUGGAAAUGUGAUUCUCUCAAUUCUCCAUCGCGCAAGGCGGCUCUGCGAUUGGGUUUUAACUUUGAAGGUAUCUUCCGACAACACAUGGUCGUCAAGGGCCGAAGCAGAGAUACAGCCUGGUUCUCUAUCGUGCGAGACGAGUGGGAUAGCGGCGUCAAAUAUGCGAUGGAGAAGUGGCUAGAUGGAGAGAAUUUUGAUGAAAAUGGCAAUCAGAAGAAAGCACUUCAAGAUUAUAAAUCAGAGUCUACAGCAAACUGA